AUGAUACUGCAUUCAAUUUCUAUGGUACACGAAUGGCUACUUGUUCAAGUGAUGGAUAUGUUCGAGUUGAUAUACGAUCUACAUGAUGAUACGUGGCAACAAUCUGGCUCCUUUUCGGUAAAAAAUGUACAAGAAAAGUUUAUCUAUUUAUUUUUAUUUUUACAGCUUCCUUUACAAACGGGUCCUAUGAUACGAGUAACAUGGGCUCAUCCAGAAUUUGGUGGUAUUCUUGCAACAGUAGCUUAUGAUCGUUUUGUUAAUGUUUGGUAUGAAACUCCAACAGGACAUAAUGAUCCAUCAGAAUAUGCUACUAAAUGGCAAUUUCUCGAUUCAUUUUUGUUUGCUUCUUCUGAACAACGAUCAUCAAAUACAGAUGUUGGUACACAUUCAUCAGCUUAUAAUACAGUAGCUAUACAAUUUGCUCCAAAGCAUCUUGGUCUUACACUUGCAACUGUAUUUAUUGAUGGUCGAAUACGUAUUUAUGAUUUCCAAGGUCCGAAUGUAGUCAAUAAGGAAGAAAUACAAACGAGAAUGUCUAAUUUAAGUUGUAUUUCUUGGAGUACAGCUCGACAUCAUUUAGCUCCAUUAAUUGCAGUUGGAAGUGAUGAUUGUAAUACAGGUACUGGUGCUAAACUGCAAUUAUGGGAAUAUGCACCUGAUAGAAAAGCGGUUAAAGUUGAUUUAACUAGCGUGAAUAUGUUAUUACAAAAUGCAAUUAAAGAUAUUCAAUUUGCACCGAAUUUCGGUCAAUCGUAUCAUUUGCUUGCCGUAGCUUCAAAUGAUAUUGAUUUAUUUACUAUAAAACCAGCAAAGUAA